CAACCUCACCAUUUCGCCGCCAUUCAUCACGCCCGGACUCUCUGUUCUAUCGCUUGUCCGUUUCUCUGUAGAAGUCGAGCCUUUGUCGGCAGAUCAGUCAUCAAGCCGCAAUCAUGGGUGGUGACCUUAACUUGAAGAAAUCGUGGCAUCCGCAUUUGCGAAAGAAUCAAGAAAGAGUAUGGAAAGAAGAAAAGUCCGCCCUCGAGGAGCGCAAAUUAAUCGAUCGACUCAAGAAAGAGCGGGAAGAAGAGCGGCAGAUUGAGGAGUUACAGAAUCUACAGGCUUCCGCGGGUGGCAAAGUUGUAACGAAGCGCGUGGACUGGAUGUAUGCAGGUCCUAGUGGCGAGGGCGCUGGCGUAACAGAAGAGCGUGAGGGAUAUCUACUUGGCAAGCGACGGAUCGACGAGCUGCUAAAGUCGGAUACACAGGGCUUGCAGAAGGGCGCCGCUGUCGGUAUUGAUGCGGCUGGAGAUACGAAUGCGAAUACCGCUCGCGACACACACAAGAAGGUGCUAGAAGAUCCACUCCUUAUAAUUCAGAAGCAGAAGAUGGAGAUGCAAUUGAAGGCCGCGAAAGACGCGGCAAAGGAAGCCAAAUACGCAGAGAAGCGCGGAAAAGAGAAAGAACGAGAGAGGCGGCACAAUCGGAGUAAGGAUCGGGAAAGCAAGCACCGUAGUCGACGAGACCGCUCGCGCUCCAGAUCUACUGAGCAUGGCGAUCGAGACAGGAGGGAGCGGAAGCAUCGGAGACAUGAUCGCGACGAGAGAGAUGGCCGAGAUAGCCGUCGACGGCGAUCAAAGUCACGAUCACGGUCUCCAUAUCGCAGGAGUCACCGCGACGAGAAUAGACGGCGCUCACGCUCGCGCUCGCCUAAUAGACGGGAAGAUCGCGAUAGCUAUCGGCGGCGUGAUCCCAUACCUCGACACUCACAUGAUAAACCUCGCCGUAACUGGGGUGAAGACCAUCCCGUGCGACCUGCGCAUUCGAUAAAAGCGCAAGAGGGGCCAACGGAGACUGCGGCCGAGCGUUUGGCUAAGAUGCAAGUUGCCGCCUCGUCUCUCGAGGAGCAGCGUGCGGAGCGUGUCCGCGAUCAAGAGAUGAAGGACGCAGAAGAAGCGGAGAAACACAAGAAGAACAUGGACGGAGGGCGGCGCCUCAUCUCUAGUGUGCGUGGCCAAGCGUCGAACAUGGAUCUAGGUGACGCUAUUGCCCGUGGACGGCAUAAUCUCAGGGCAGAGCUGGACGUUUAGUGGCCUACUAUUGAAGUGGCGGUGGUUGGGGGGACUUGCCGUCAAUAUAAAUGGCUAGGACUGCUUAUUUUUAGGUGAAAUUGAUACCCAAAUGCUGGAUAACUUCUCUAUCU